UUUCCCACCACCAGGAUAUGAAAAGAAGGCUAGGACCAAUGACGUGGACUUGCUAAAUAAGGUCACAGUGCGGAGAAGUUUAUCCAGAAAGAGAAGGUUAGGGAUAAAGAUCGAAGCAGUUUGUCAGGUGAGAAGAAACUCGCUGGGCACAUUUCAGGUUAAAUUAGAGAAAAGAUUGGCCAGAAUUGUCAUCUGGCUGAAGAUUUCCGGGAUUCUAAAUUUGUGCAGGAGUUGGCGGGGAGGGUCAGAGAUGAAGGUUCAGGAGCUAGAAGCGAAUUGGUGGAUAUGUUUACGGGUAGUGACCGGAAAAAGGAUGAGGGAAUGGUCAGUUUUGUUGCUUAGACUGCUAAUAAAUUGGCUGAAGAGAAGGAAGAGACCAAGAAAAGUGAUGAUAGGAAGUUCAAUGUGCAAGGAAUCGGGGAGGAAACGAGAGCUGGUGGAAAUGAUAUGGUUUCGAACCUUUCUGCAGCAGAUAAAGCUAGAGUUGAAGGGAUCCCCAAUCAAGUGGAGAAUAAUGCCGAGAGACACGGGGAAGGGAAAGAAAAAACCAAAGAAAAAGGAGAUGAUAAAAUCAGGGAUAAACGCAAGGAUAAACACAGAGAGAAGAAAAGUCACAGAAAAGAUAAGGAUAGGGACAAAGCGAAGGAGGAGAAGGCUAAGGCGAAAGGUGAACAUAGGAAUUUGGCGUUGGAUAACUUAAAAGGAAG